AUGAAAGAUGAUAUUCCAGAUGAAAUCACCCAAUUCAAUUCCCUACAAUCGUUAGAAAUGGCUUUAGGAUCACUUGAAUAUCCUUAUCUCUCUUUCCACGCCUUUGUUAGAGCAACGAAUGCUACACGCCAACUUGGUAUGGCAGAUCAAUUCCAUCAGACUUGGGCUCAUUGGAGGCAGACUUGGGUUGUCGGUGAAGUUUUCCACCUUGAUAAUAUCAAAAGUAUCCCUAUUGAUGCACAUAACGAUAAACACAAUGCCUUCAUCUCUGCCAUUCAAGAUGUUCCUUCUUCCGUAAAGAUUGCGUUAUUUUACAUCGAUAACCUAAUACACGGUUCAGCUCAAGGAAAAACAGAGCAAGUCUUUAGCGAACAGAGCAUUAGACAAGCAUUUGGUACAGCUUAUGAAGGCAUAGAAUGGGAUCUCACCGGUAGCUGCGAAAUAUGGGACAAAUGGAGAGAUUGGGAGCAAUCUUUAAUUGAGAAAUCACCUAAACCUGAAGCGAUACAAAGAAUGCAACAAUUCUACUUGGCUAGGCUCAAGAUACCCCAUGCUAAUCAUGCAGAUACUUUCAGUUCCUAUUCAAGUUUUAUAACAGCUUACGACAAUUCUCAAUACGAAUCUCAUAUGGUUGCCGCUAAUAAGGACUAUAAAAAGGGUCAGACUUUAUAUGAGGAUUAUGAUCAAUACGAGAUUGCUCUUGGCUCCAACUAUACCGUCGAAGCAUAUCUCGCAUACAUUAACUUUGCACAAUCACCAAAUGGAAAACCGAAGCUUGCUAAUCGAAAUCUCAUUGUUGGCUUAUUUGAAAGAGCAGUAAGAGAUUGCUACCCAUUCAACAGUCUGUUAGGUGAAGAUGGCUCAGGUCCUUCUGGCUCUACCGAUGAUUCUAUUGCUACCAGCGUUGCUAAGAUUUGGGUGACAUACGUCAACUGGAUGAUUAAUAACAAAGAGAGGCCUGAUAAGGUAAUGAAUGUUAUCGAGCGCUCCGUUAAAGUAUGUCCCUGGUCAGGAGAACUUUGGAGCUCUUUGAUCAGAGCCCACGAGCAAUUCAAACACCCUGCAGAGAAGGCUGAAGAAACAUAUGCAAGGGCAAUCUCAACAGGUCUUAUUGAAUCAAGAGUCGAUGAUUUAGUAGCGCUGAUUUCAGCGAGAGCUUCUUACUUGAGGCACACGUUGGAGAAUGUUGAUGUAGCUGUUGCAUAUGCAGAAGUGGCAGCAAUCCUUGAAGAUGGUCUCGACAGGGUCAAAAGUCGAGAUCCAUUUAAUAGAAUAGAAAAGUAUGCAAUAUCAUGGCACGAACGUGUUAAAGAGGAGAGCGCGACCAGUGCAGCUUCUCAAAUUUUUGAACGCAUGUCUAAGAACAAUACACAGAAGCGUAGUUAUUCUGUUUGGUUAGAUUGGGCUGCUUUCGAGACGCGAAAUGAAAAUUACGACAAAGCCAGGUCUGUCUACAAAACAGCAACACCACGACAAUUCAUCGAUUAUCCUGAAGCCGUUCAUCAAGCUUACAAAGAAUUUGAGGACCAAUAUGGAAGCCUCGAUACUCAAAUGCAAGCACAAAUCAGCAUCACAAAAGCCAGCCAAUUAUUAGCUGAUCGUCGUCUGAAUGAAGCAGCACAAGCUUACGAAAAUUACACACAACAGCAACCUCAAGUAGCAGUAGCUGCUCCAGCAACUGAGGAGACUGCUGUAGACCCUUCACUUGAUUUCUCAGGUAGCACAAACAACAAGAGAAAAGCUGGUGAUGAAUCCAAUAACAAUGAGAGCGCGAAGAAGCAGAAGGUUCAACAAACUGUAGAUAAGUUGAAGAGAGAUCGCGAAAACACAACUGUAAUAGUCAGCGGUCUUCCAUUAGGAUGCAACAACACAGAUGUCAAUUUGCUAUUCAAAGAUUGUGGUGAUAUGCGCGAAGUCACUGUCAAAGAUCUUAAAGAUCAAUCAGCGGCAACUGUUGAGUUUUUGAGUCGGGAUGAUGUUCCUGCGGCUCUUACGAAAGAUAAGAAGCGCAUCGAGGAAGUCGAAAUCAAAGUUGUUAUGGGAUGGUCCUCCACGCUCUAUGUGACAAAUUUUCCUGAAGGCACUAAGGAUGAUAGCUUGAGGGCUCUUUUUGAACCAUAUGGCACAAUUUUCGAUACGAGAUGGCCUAGCCGUUCGAUCAAGACAACACGCCGCUUUGCUUAUGUCACCUUCUUAGACCCGGCAUCAGCUCAAGCCUCACUAGAACUUAAUGGAAAAGUUCAGGAAGAUAAUCAUUCUCUCAGCGUUGCUAUCUCAGACCCAUCCAAGCGUAAGUCACGUUCAGAUGAUUUCGUAAAUGGGCAGGAGAUAUUUGUUAGAGAGCUAGGCAAAAAGAUAACAGAGGCAGAUUUGCGUCAACUUUUUGAACCUUUUGGCGCAAUUAAGCAAGCAAAGUUAGGAUUGAGGGAUGACGGAAGCUGCAAAGGUUUUGCUCACAUUGAAUUUGAAGAUUCUUCAUCAGCUCAAAAUGCGCUGCGAAUGAACAACGUUGAAGUCAAAGGCAAACACAUAAGCGUAACAAUGUCAAACAGGAAGCCUAGACAAGCAAAUGCACCAGCUAAACCACGCUUUGGCAGAUCAAUCAGGGUAGAUGGCAUACCAGACGGAACCAAAGAAUCCUUCAUACAGCAAACAUUUGAGGUGUUUGCACCAGUGAAGAAGGUCUGGUACAAUGAGAAUGGUAAUGAAGGUGCUGCUGUAGUGGAAUUUGAGAAUGAUAAGGAAAUGUCGAAAGUCAUGCUGAUGCAGGCACCAUCAAUUAAUGGACAGCAACUUAGUUUAUCCGACGAAGCUAGUCACAAAAAACCACUGAGCUUGUCGGAAAAUAAAAAUGUAGCGGAAAAAUCCGACGCUGCGGUUUCUGGCGGACAGUUUGUUCCUAGAAACACCCGAAGAUCAAAAAUUGGCGAUCGCGGAAACAAUCCCGACCCCAAAUUGACUGCGUCUAGCACAACUGCAAAAAACCCGAAGACACAGGACGAUUUUAGGAAAUUUCUUAAAUGA